UGGAGUAUCAGUCUUUUUUCCAGCUCUAGCAAGUCGCUGUUUUCGAAGAUCUAAUACAUAAUAAUUAAAUUAAAAGUCGUUGGAAAACCCCCAUAGCUGUGAUAGCAACAAGUAUACCGAGCAAGUGUCGUGCAGCAAUAAGCAAUAAUACCCUUGUGUACUCACACGGUCACGGCGCACAGACACAGCACCCACACACACACAGGCACACAAACGAAAGUCGCAGAGACAACAAUUCGAAAAACGAAGAGUGGAAAAGCCCCGAAAACCAAAGUUAAUCUCAGUUUAAUUGAAAACACAUCAAUCCUCGAAAAUGCCACCAAAGGAGCGCAACAUAGCCGUCAUGGGCUACCGAUCAGUGGGAAAAUCGUCGCUCAGUAUACAAUUCGUGGAAGGCCAGUUUGUCGACUCCUAUGACCCCACCAUCGAGAACACAUUUAGCACGCACACAAAAGUCAAUUCGCAGGAGUACACUGUGAAGCUCAUCGACACGGCCGGCCAAGAUGAGUACAGCAUAUUCCCGGUGCAAUACAGCAUGGAUUUCCACGGCUACGUGCUGGUCUACUCGAUAACCAGCCAAAAGUCCUUUGAGGUGGUCCAGAUCAUAUACGAGAAGCUGUUGGAUGUGAUGGGCAAGAAAUAUGUACCUGUGGUGUUGGUGGGCAACAAAACCGACUUGCACCAGGAACGCACCGUUUCGACAGACGAGGGCAAGAAGUUGGCCGAGACCUGGCGAGCAGCGUUUCUCGAAACCUCCGCCAAACAAAACGAGUCUGUGGGUGAUAUUUUCCAGCAGCUACUGAUCCUGAUUGAGAACGAAAACGGGAGCCCCCAGGAAAAGAGCAGUUGCGUUAUAUCAUAAGGCUGGAUAGUUGAAACUUUGGCACUAGGAACUGUUGGGAUUGUGGCGAAUCGCAAUGGCAAUAUGAAAAUCGAUUAUGUCUUAUCUACACAGUUGGGCCCAGCGUUCGUUGACGGGGCAGGCCAUGCCCCUUGUGCGCAGCAGGAAAAUUUACAAAACCUAAUAGCUUUAAGUCCACAUACAGAAAAUAACCAACGUCAACUGAUUUAGAUGCGGCCGCAAUUGCUGCCCAGCAGGUUUUGCGGUCCGCUUUUAGCGCUAUACAACAGGUUUAAGUUAGUACACUUUUUCACAAUAACAUUUCAGUUACAAAGUUCA